GGUAAGCAUGAAAAAGAAGGUAGGCGUAGCAGUCGAUAUAGUUGACUCUGACCAGUAGAACGCAGCAGCGAAGAACCACCGUCUCGUUCGUCACAAUAAAAUCCUUAGAAGUUGCAGCAAAAACUCCGGCCACAAGAUCAUCGAGAAUUAUCGUUGGAAAUGAAUCUCUCUUUUUUUCCCCUGUUCUUGCUAGUCGUCGUUGGCCGUGGAGUAGGCCUUGAUGAGUGUCAAGAAUCAAGAUGUGGGAAACAUGGCCCUGCAAUUCGAUUCCCAUUCCGUCUCAAGAACAGGCAACCAGAACACUGCGGCUUUCCUGGGUUUGAUCUAUUUUGCACCGAGACGCAGGAUACAUUGCUCGAGCUGCCAACUUCAGUGAAGCUCUACAUCAAUACAAUUGAUUAUGCAUCUCAGGUGAUUUUGACAUCAGAUCCAAACAAUUGCCUUCCAAGACAGCUCUUAAACUUCAAUUUGCUGAACUCUCCUUUCAAAUUCGGAGAAAGAUUCCGUUAUGAUUAUGUAUUUUUCAAUUGUACGUCAAUAGAUAGAAAGAUAUACCUGUCUAUGCCGUGCCUGAGUGUUCCUGGCUAUGAUGUUCAUGCCUUUGUUACUGAUGGAUCCGUUACUGGCCUUGCCCUUACAUCUUGUACCAAGAUGUAUAACCUUUCAUCAGUUCCCAUGGAAUUCAUCAGCAGAGACAAUACUCUUCAUUUGAACUGGUCCAGACCAGCAUGUGGGUUUUGUGAAUCACAAGACAAAUACUGUAGAUUGAAGAAGAACAGUACUACACUUGAAACUGAAUGUUUUGACAAGCCAAAAUCAUCUAAACGCAUUGGAAUAAAGUUAAUGGCUGCAGGUAUAGCUCUGAGUGCCUUGUUUAUUGUUCUAGGGGGCUUUGUACUCUACCGCGUCUAUAGCGCAGACAAAGCGGAGAAAGAAAAUCAAGCAAGGGUCAAAAAGUUUCUGCAGGAUUACAAAGCUCUCAGACCCACUAGAUAUUCAUAUGCUGAUAUAAAGAAGAUUACAAAUCAAUUUAAGGAAACGUUGGGGGAGGGAGCAUUUGGAACAGUGUUUAAAGGGAAGCUUUCUGAUGAGAUCUUUGUGGCUGUAAAGAUCCUCGAUAAUUCCACAGGAAAUGGCGAAGACUUCAUUAAUGAAGUGGGAUUAAUGGGAAGAAUUCAUCAUGUCAACGUGGUUCGCCUUGUUGGGUACUGUGCAGAUGGAUUUAGAAGAGCUCUAGUUUAUGAGUACCUACCAAAUGAAUCUCUAGAGAAAUUCAUAUUUACAGAUAAUGGAAAGGAGUUUCCUCUUGGAUGGCAAAAGCUUCAAGAUAUUGCUCUAGGCAUAGCCAAAGGAAUUGAAUAUCUUCACCAAGGAUGUGAUCAACGAAUACUUCAUUUCGACAUCAAGCCUCACAACAUCCUGUUGGAUGAAAAUUUCAUUCCAAAGAUUUCUGAUUUUGGUCUGGCCAAGUUAUGUUCAAAGGAUCAGAGUGCCAUUUCCAUGACUACAGCUCGGGGCACUAUGGGCUACAUUGCACCUGAAGUAUUCUCCAGGAACUUUGGCAACGUGUCCUACAAGUCAGAUGUUUAUAGUUUUGGAAUGGUCUUGAUAGACAUGGUGAGAGGGAGGAAAAAUAUAGACUUUGCAGAUGGCAGCCAAGUCUACUUUCCAGAGUGGGUAUACAAACGUUUGGAUCAAGGAGAAGAGCUAAGAAUCCAGAUCAAGGAAGAGAAUGACGAACAAAUUGCAAAGAAACUUGUAAUUGUAGGACUCUGGUGCAUCCAAUGGCACCCUGUGGAUCGUCCCUCAAUGAAAACUGUAGUUCAAAUGCUGGAGGGGGAAGGAAACAAGCUAACAAUGCCUCCUAAUCCUUUUGCUUCUUCUGCUCCUGCAAGAUUGGAUGCAAAUAUGUUGGGGAGGCAUCUUCACCACGAUUUGGCUGUAAUAUCUGAAACAGAGGGGAUAUAGGUUGAUGUUUCUGUUAUGUAUAUUUUAUUAUUGUAAUUAUUUUUUAUAUUUUUUUUAUUGGUCACUAGUGGAUAUUAGAGUAUAAGGAACUCGAAUUUAGUCAUUAAAAAUAAUAGAAAAUUCAUAUCUAAUCUAACUUUAGAGUUUAUUCAGAUAAAAAUAGAUGAGAGAAUCAAGUGGUCCAUGCAUAGCAAACAAUCUGGCUUGUACAAGUAGAAAUUAUUUUCUCUAAUUAUAGUCCAAAAUUAUGCUUAAAUUGAUAAACAUUUCAUUACUCAAAGGCUAAUAACUUUUAAGACAGUGAACCUCAAACGAAUUGAUGUUUGGAAAUGGAUCUCUCUUUCUUUUGCUUGUUCGUGCUGGUGCUUGGUCUGUGGAAUUCCAUUUUGACUUGCAAACAAUCAAGUGGUCGUUCGAUUCCCAUGCUUAAAUUAUAUUCCAUGAAGACUGGUAUGCUUGUGAGAAGUCCGUUGGAAGUCAUCUCUGAAUUAGAGUAAUCUAAUCUGGUUAUUCUGAAGUAGAGUCAUCUCUGAAGUAGAGUAAUGAUACAAGCCCAUCAAGCUACAAGAAGAAUGGUCAUGGUAUACUCAGGGUCUACGUUAGGAGGAGCAAAAGAAAUACAGAGACCGUUUAAUUGGCAGAAUCUUCCAGAAUGAAAUGGGCAGAGGAGAUAUUUUGUGGGGACGAAAAUGAGGAGGGAAGGACAGCUGCCCCUGGAAGGCCUAUUUAUCCAAAGAACCGUUGAGAGGAACGCAUGCAGUAUUUGCCUAAAAACUUUUGUUGAGAAUUCAGCUAUAGUGCUGGGCUGGUUAUUCCAGAUUUUCUUUGUCUUUAUUGUAAUUAGGAAGAACUGAGGGUUAUUUCCUCUUUUUAUUGAAGCUUAUUCUGUCUCAUGAAUAGCUAUUAAUACAAUUUUAUCAUUUCUUCCUUCAUUCUUCUUGUCCCUAAUUCCUAACUCUAUCAAAUUGUUCCGAUCCUGCCGACCCUUCUUUCUGACUGAAUGCCCAAUACUCGAAUGGAUUCGCGUGUUGAUGUGAUAGAGAGGAAUUUAAAGGCUGUCGAAGACGGGAUACAUCAGUUGCGUACAGAUAAGGAUAAGAAUGAUAAAGGUGACUAGGGAUUCCAUGAUGAAUUACUGCAGAAUCGGCGCAAACUGGAAGUUCUUGAAGGAUUCUUAACCACUCUAGUUAAAGGGAAAUCAGUUGAGGGGAAUGGUGAUCUCCUUUCUUGUACUCCAAUCAGUGGCCAAACUUCCCAUAAUUAGAGACCCAUAACUACGGCCACUUCUCAUGAUCUCCAGCUUUCCGCUAAAAAGGUCAAAAUGCCCGCUUUCAAUAGAGAGGACCAUAUUGGGUGGUUGGCUCGUGCUGACCAGUAUUUCCACGUUCACCAUACAACUCCUGUAGUAAUGAAGGUUUCUCUUGCUCUCAUUUAUAUGGAAAGCCCGACACUAUAUUGAUGUUAUACCAACGCCAUUUGAAUAUGUCUUGAAAACAUCUUUCCCUGGAGUUGCUUCAGCGUUAUGGUGUAGAUUCCUUGGCCAAUCCCAUUGAAUGGCACCGCACUUCGGCAGGAAGGAUCCAUUGAUAGUUUUAUUGAUGAAUUUAUUGCUCGUGCUUUUCAGGUUUUGAAGCCGGAAAGGGAAUAGGAUGAGUGGCUCAUUGCGAGCACAAACAGCGUCGAGGCAAAGAUUUUGGCUGGCAACGAUUUGUAAGAAGGAGAGAAGGAAGAAGGAGGAGGAAAUGCGCAUUUUGUUGGAGAAGAAGUUGAUUGAUAUGAGAAGCUAUAGCUUCUUUUGAAUAUGUACUCCAAUUGAUGUCACAUCAGGUUGGACCUUGGAAACCACACCCAAUACGUUUCAAGUUUAAACGAAGUCAACCACAAACCACUAGCUCAUCCUGCUUCAGCUUCUCCUUAAUUACUGCCGCUUAAAUGACAAAAUGUAGUGCUCAACAAUAUUAUAUGAAAAAAUGCCACCCUGAGCCAUGCUGCGGAACAGGGAUGAUUUCGUCUUUUA